AUGGAUUAUGGAUUGGCAAAGAAUCUACAACUUAACAGCUUGCUGAAAAUCCUGUAUAUUUUCCCAGCAGUGGUUUAUGGUCAGCUUCUCCCUUUGGAAGAUGCAGAAUAUGAUGAGCAAGUGGUCAAAGGGGUACAUAACCUCUCAGUGAGGCUUGCAUGUGGUGACAUAGUACAACCCCUGGUUGUCUUCUGGAGUUUCACCAAACCUGGCUCCCUCAUUCCCAGAGCUGUGGCCAUCAGCAAUGGCCUUGAGUCCAAGGUGGAGAAGGCCUCUGCCAUUCUGGGGGAGAUCAGUUUGAGGAACAGCACCUUAGAGAUUAAGAAACUGCAACAAGCUGCAGAGGGACAUUUCAUGUGCCAAGCGAUGUACGAAGUGGAUGGAGAGAUCAAAGUGGCUUAUUUCUACAUUGAGCUUCUUGUUUUGGUCCCAGUUUCCAAGCCCUUUCUGCAGAUAAACAAUUCAACACCCGUGGAAGGCAUGCCAGUUGUGAUGAUCUGCACAGUGAAAGAAGGGACACCUCCUAUCGCUUAUUCUUGGCAGCGCUACACUAACCGAGAUGGCAUGGUAGUUCUUGCUGAAGCAGGGACACAUCUCUUAAACCUCACCUCAGCAAACCGGACAUACAUGGGUUGGUACACCUGCACAGCCCAAAAUGAGGUCAACAGCCAAACCAGCGAUGGGAUGUACCUUGACGUUAUCUAUGGUCCAGAUGAGCCAGUGAUCAGCAUAGAACCAUUUGCAAUUAACCAACAUGGCUUCUCAGCCAAUGAACAAGAAGAGGUGAUUAUGACAUGCCUGGCUCCUUCCAAUCCUCCCAGCCACUACAUUUGGUUCUACAACAGCUCUCAAGUCUACUCUGGACAGAAGUAUGUGAUAGCCAGAAUUUCACGGACACAAACAGGCAUCUAUACUUGCUUAGCUCAGAAUAUGCACCUGAAUACUCGGACCCAGGCCACUAUUAUCUUGACUGUCUAUUAUCUGCCCAAGGGACAGCUCCACUGCAUGUCGCUGCCUGCCUCCAAUUUCCAAGACCUUGCUCUGCAUUGUUUAUGGCCAGGGGGAUUCCCUUCAGUGCACUUGCGGUGGGUAAAAUCGAGGGCAGAAGAAACCGACACGGGAAGCUUCUCCAGAGCUGUUCAAAUCCAUCAGGGUGCAAAUGUUCUCAAUGGGACUUCCUAUAUCUGCUUGGCUUCCCAUCCAGCACUGAGAAAGGAUGCCGUUUGCAGGAUCACUGUCUGGGUUCCAAAAGGGAGCCUGACCUGCAGUGUGGUAGCCACCAAAUUGAAUGAAUUCCUCAUGUUGACCUGUGACUGGCCAGGUGGAGAACCACAGGUGACCCUCUGGUGGAGAGACUGGAGGCAUCAUGUGCUGGGAAACAUGAGACCAUCGCACCAUGUUUUUGUCAUGAAGCCCAAUGCCACUCUUGGAGGCAAGGCGUUCACCUGCACAGCAGCUCACCCUCUGUGGGCCAGAACUGCUGAGUGCCACGUUCGGCUGGAAACCCCCAGGAUUAUGGUACAGCGGUCCCAGGUUUCGUUGUUUGAAGGCAGCGAGGCCCAGCUGGCCUGCUUCCUCCAAGGUGCCUAUUUGGGCUCUGAAGUCUUUUGGUACAAUAAUAAGAACCAGCCCAUUACAGCAAGCACUAGGAAAUACCACCUGCAGCAGGAAAAUACUUGGUUUAAUUUGACCCUCCAGGACACAGAUUGGAUACGGGAUAGUGGCACCUACCGAUGUGCUGCCAUCAACGCUGUGGGCAAUGCCUCUGCCACCGUCAUCCUCCAGGUAAAAAAAUACCCCAACCCGCCCAAUGUGACCAUCAGCAGACUGAUGUACACUCGCCCCCGUACAGAGGUGGAACUGGAAUGGGAAACUCGAGGCUCAGGAAACCUGACUGGCUUUGUAGUCCAGAGAAGAGAAGCAAAAAAGACCGGCCCAAAGCAGAUGGCCAUCAGCUGGGAAACAGUGGCCAACAACAUUGACCCUGAUGUCCGUGGCCGAAAACUGGGCGGCCUGGAUCCUGCAGUGGUCUAUUUUUUCCGGAUCCUUGCAGUCAACCACCGCACCACUGGGUAUCCCUCUGAAAUGAAGACCCCAGCUGACCCUCCUUUCAAUGCAUAUCCUGUGGUGAUCGGGGCUGCUGUGGCAGGAAUGGUUGUGGCAACAGUCAUCUCUCUCAUAGUUUUCCAAUACAUCCUUCGGAACUGGGAGAAUAAUCCAAGGUUACAUGACCUGCUCUUCAGAAUGGCAGGAGCUGAAACUCGUGAACAAAUCGAGACUCCAGAGGAUGCCGAGAUGCCAACAGGAAUUAGUGAUGCAGCCAAUGAACAAGUUGAAGAAGCGAGUGAGCAGGUUGGAGAGACUUCCACAACAACUGGAGAAGCACCAGCAGAGGCAAUUCAGAAGGAAGCUGCGGUGACCUCAGAGGAUCCAACAAGGGACCAGGAAGAUGUGCCAGCCCCCAGCCCUCCUUCUGAGGAUCCAGUUAACGUUACAAUCACAGUGACAGCCACCCCAUGA